AAGUUCGUCGAGCUCGCCCUCUUCGCCGUCGAGCACGCCUGCCAGGGCAAGAAGCUCGGCAAGAAGCUGAUGACGGAGGUGCAGAAGCACUGCCGCGAGCGCCACGAGGCCGUCGGCGUGCUCACGUACGCGGACUUCAAGGCCUUCUCCUUCUUCAAGCGCGUGGGCUUCUCGCGGACCGUGACGCUGCCCCACACGGUCUGGAAGACGUGCAUCGUCCACUACGAGGGCGCC